AAGCUGCUCGAGCAAGAUGGAGGUGAGUUUGGUGACUGUGGCCGCCUUGGUGGCCGUCCUGGUGCUGAUUUAUCGGCGCAUGACCCGGAACAACGAUUAUUUCCACUAUAAACCGAUCCCGUCGAUGGCCGUUCGAUUUUGGGUCGGAAGCACGGCUCCGAUGUUGCUCAAGAAGUACUCCUUCAACGACUUCAUCAAGAUGAUCUACGACAAGUACCAGGGAGUGAAAGUAUUUGGUCUGUUCGACACCGGUACGAAGGUGUUCACGAUUCGGGAUCCGGAGCUGAUCAAACAGGUAGCGAUCAAAGACUUCGACCACUUCGCUGAUCGAAGACCGAUCUUUGGGGAUCCCAAUAACGACAAUCAGAAAGUGCUCCUCGGAAAGACUCUGCUCGGCCUCACGGACCAGAAGUGGAGGGAUAUGCGGGCUACGCUGAGUCCGGCCUUCACCGGAAGCAAAAUGCGGGCCAUGUUUGAUCUGAUCGUGCAAUACAGUGAUAAGAUGAUUCCCACGGUUCAAGAGAAAGUGACCUCGAGAGGGUAUGCCGACCUGGAGGUGAAGGACUUUUUCACGCGGAUAGCGAAUGAUAUUAUUGCGACCUGUGCUUUCGGUUAUCAGGUGGAAUCGCUGAGUAGUGACAACGAAUUCUUCCUCAUGGGUAAGAAGAUGAUGAAUUUGGGUCGGUUGAGCAUCGUUUUUCGAUUGCUUGGAAUUCGCUUGUUCCCGAAGUUGAUGGCUAAGCUGAACAUCGACCUCAUCGACACGGAGCAGGCUGAGUAUUUCUCCAAAUUGAUCAAAGAAGCUGUCCGCACUCGGGAAGCUCAUGGCAUCGUGCGACCGGACAUGAUCCACCUGUUGAUGCAAGCGAGAAAGGGAAACCUCAAGCAUCACCAGGAAACCGGUGAACCAGAGGUCGGAUUCGCUACGGUCGAGGAAUCGCAAGUCGGCAAAGUGACUACGAGCAAAACCAUGACCGAUUCCGAGUUCAUUGCGCAGUGCCUGGUCUUUUUCAUUGGUGGUUUCGAUACUGUAUCUACAGGAAUGACGUUCCUGGCCUAUGAACUAGCGCUCAACCAAGACAUCCAGCAGAAACUUUACGAAGAGAUCAAGGAAACCGACAAAGAACUAGGCGGCAAACCUUUAACCUACGACACUCUUCACAAAAUGAAGUAUCUCGAUAUGGUGAUAUCCGAGAGUCUACGAAUGUGGCCAGGACCAGCCAUUGAUAGACUCUGCGUUCGAGACUACACCCUAGAUGACGGUGAAGGUCUGCGGUUCACCAUCGAGAAAGGAGCAGUGGUUUGGUUUCCGAUCUUCGGCAUUCAUCGGGAUCCCAAGUACUACCCGAACCCGGAGAAGUUCGAUCCGGAACGCUUUAACGACGUCAACAGAACGACCAUCAAUACGGCAGCCUAUCUACCGUUCGGAAUCGGCCCGAGAAACUGUAUCGGAUCUCGGCUGGCGCUGAUGGAGAUCAAGGCCAUUAUGUACGCGUUGCUGUUGAAAUUCCGCUUCGAACGCAACGAGCAGACCCAGGUUCCGGUUCAGCUUCUGAAAGGUUUCGUCAGUUUGGGUGUUCAGGACGGAAUGAAUUUGCGAUUGGUACGGCGAUAAAUUUUGCAGGUUAGGUUACGUUUAACACUCGAAUCGAAA